AAACUCCCAAAUAAACACCAACGCCGAACUAGACUGUCUCCUCAUAAAAUAAAACACACCCAAACGCACAACACUCUUGAGAAGAGACAGGCCGAAGGUAUGGCCGCCGCCGCCACCAACACCACCGUCGUUAAUUUCCAUGUCAAAAUCAACAAAUUCUGAAAAUCUCUCUUUUUUGUCUCCAUCAUUCCGCAUCCUAUUAAAUUAAAUUUUUUUUAAGAAUCAAUUCUUUUUGUUUUAUUUAUAAAAAAAAUUCUUUGCCAGCCCUAAUUUGGGAUGGCGACGACAGCACCAACGACGGUGGCGGCGGAGGAUUCGACUAUGAGCAACAACUCACCACGUAGUCCUGUCAAGCAACGUGGUGUCCUUCCCUCGCCGUGGGCUCAGGUUGUUGUUAGAGGCGUUGGAGAAUUACCGGAAAAGACAGAAUCGUCUCCACCGGAUAUUUUACCGUCGACUGAGGGCAAUGUAGCUAAAAAAGCUGCUUGGAAUAAGCCGAUUUCUCCUCCGCCUCUUCCUUCUCCUCCUGGUGGUGAUCACGGUGUUGUUAUGGGCGCCGCCGCCUGGCCCGCUUUAUCAGAGUCGACUCGGCCUCUCUUUAAACCGACGCCGUCGUCUUCCGAUUCUCCGAAAUCUACCCCUGAAGUUUCUGGCCCUGUUUCUCAGGGACUCAUUACUUCACAUUCACAACAUCCUAACCAAGGUAGUGCUAGCACUAAUCACAAUUCUAGCAUAAAUAGUGCUGCACCCACAAGACAGAGAUCAAUGAAGCGUGGUGGUGGUGGUGGCAAACAAGGUGGUUUUUCUCGAGGCCCUACACCUCCUUCGCCAUUGCAAGCACUUCCAGUUCCUGAAAUGGCGCAGAGUGGUUUUAACAAAGUAGGGCCGGGUGCAGGGCCUGACUCAUCUUUUAGAGAGACUAGGCCAACCGGAGGGUUUGCAUCUCACACAAAUACAUCAAAUGAGAACUACAGUCAAAGAAGUUCAAACCGGCGAGGAAAUUAUGGGCAACAUGGCCGUGGAGAUGCGAGGAACCACUACCAAGGAGGUAGGCGUGAUCAGGAUCACGGGAAUCAUGAUUGGGGCUCAUCUCCUAGUUCACAUGCAAGGGGUUCAUAUGGACAUCAUCAUAGGCCUCAUGGCCGGGGUUUUAUGGGCCCUUCAGUACAAGGGGCUUCACCAUUCGCUCCUCCUCCUGUGAGACCUUAUGGGAAUGCCUUUGUAUAUGAUCCUGCUGUGGUCUAUCUUGUUCCACCGGAGUACUUUAGGGGAAUGCCUUAUGUCACUGGUCCACCACCUCCAUCUUAUCUCGUUCAAUCAGACCCCAUGCGUCUUUCUAUUAUCCAUCAGAUCGAGUACUAUUUCAGUGAUGCUAAUUUGGUGAAAGAUGAGUACUUGAGGUCCAAGAUGGAUGAACAGGGAUGGGUUCCUAUAACCUUAAUUGCUAACUUCCCUCGAGUUCAAAGUCUAACCGACAACAUAAAUUUUCUACUGGAGUGCUUAAAAGGAUCUAGCAUUGUUGAAGUACAGGGAGACAAAGUAAGGAGGUGUAAUGAUUGGAUGAAAUGGAUAACACAUCAACAGUCUCCUUCAGAAUCUGGGUCACAAUCCCCUGUAGGUUCUUCUUUUGAUAAUCUGACUACAAACAUGCAGAGAAUUUCAUUGGAGAACCUAGACAAGGAAAAGGGAUUGGGUAACAAUUUGGCGGUUACAAACAUGGAAGGGUCUAUUCAACGUGUAUGUUGAAAUUUUUAGACUACUCUAAAUCUCUGAUUAUAGAUCAUCAAAUAUAGAGUUAAAACCCCUUUUUUGAUCUUAUGGAGGAUGAAUUUUGUCAGACGGGUUUGAAGAACAUUUUACAUGGAUUUUCUUUGUGUUUGCGCCCUGAAUUUUUGUCAACAGUUUUGAAGCGGCUAAGUAAAUUAACUUAGGAUUUGAAUCAUUAAUAUUUUUGAAAUAGUCUACUCUGGCGACUUUUAUUGAGCUGUUGAAUUGUAUAGUUUUUUUCCGCUUAUUUUUGCAAAUGAAUGAUUUUUGUAUUUGGAAUUUAGAUAAGAAUAAAUUGUGUAAUGCAUCAGUGAGAA